AUGGAGCCUCAGCUGGGCUGCUGGGGGUGUGAAUGUGUCAGGACUGGACUUCAGUUCCAAGUGGUCCCUCUUCCAGCAGCCAAAGCUGCUGGCAUUGCCCCACGCAGUCAGGCCCAGCACCCUCCGACCCUGCAGAUGGUCAAGGAGGCACUGCGGGCCCACGAUGAGAAGAAGGGUGCCUCUGUCGUCGCCAUCAAGCGUUUCAUCCUGGCCAAGUACCCCACUGUGGACCCCAUCCGCCUCAAGUACCUGCUGAAGCAGGCGCUGAGCAAGGGGCUGAGCUGCGGGGACCUGGUGCGGCCCCAAAACUCUUCUUCUGUGGGGGCCACUGGCACCUUCAAGUUAGCACUCAGGAAAUCGGGGCAGAAGCAGCAGCUGGGCCAGGCACAUCCUGACAGAGGACAGGCCCCAAAUCCAGGACAGAAAGGGACCACCAAGGAGCCCCAGGCCCCCGUGGCAGGAGCACGACCACGAGGUGCUGCCAAGCAGCAGCCGAAGGCGAAGGCCGUGAACGCCCAGCCACGAGCAGCGGGGAAGCCCAGGAGAGAAAAAGCAAAGCAUCCCCAAACUGCUGACCGGCCCCGGGCUCAUGGCCCAGGGCCUUCGGGGCCCCCAAAAGCUGCCGGCCACCGCCAGGCCCCCCGAAAAGGACACUCAGGGCCCAGCACGGCUCGGGCUGCUGAGAACGCAGGAGGGAGCGAUAGUGACAGUUCUGGAAGUGCUGGGGUGAAGGGACCCCAGAAGGCCCCCAGGGGAAAGAGCAAGGGGAAGGUGCCCAAGGGGGAACAGCAGGAUGCCCCCAAGGCACAGGGAGGUCAAGGUCAGGCGAAGAAGAAGCCCCGGGUGACUCCAGGAGCUGGGCAGGGGAAGGCCAGGAUGAAGAAGGCAGCCUCUGUGGCAGCAGACAGAAAGGCUCCAUAGGGAGCUUAGCCCUGCUUCAGUUGGCCCCAGGCCCUUGGGGUCUGUGCUGGUUUCAGUCCCUAGGACAGGUUUUAACUCUGUGUUCACCUCACCCUAAUAAAGCUUCUUUACUUGCUCAUGGAAUGGCAUGACUGUUGUGGGUCCCUGUCCCUGCACUUCCAUCUCUCAGUGCCAAAAUCCCUCAGCCCUGUGUCAACCUGCCUGGUGUGGUGGUGAGCUGAUGCUGCAGGCAGCUGCCUGCCCUCAUGGAGAGGUUCUCUCUCUGUCCCCAUGUGUUCCCAGCUGUGGUGCCAAGGGGCUGCUAGGCUUGGGUGCUGUGUGUGUGCAGGCUGACAGUGUGCCAGGUGAUGGGCAGGGACCCCGAGACCCGUGGGACACACCAUGGUGACAUCCCCAGGAGCAGAGAAACUCAGGCUCAGCCAGUGCUGCUGUGGAGCCAUGGUGUCCAGCCCUCUGUCG